AUGGUCCAUUCUGAGCUUGGUGUUGUUUUGACUGAAGUUGAUGGAUUUGGUUUUAUUAAUUCUUGGUCUUUUAGAGAUUUCUUAAUAUCAAAUGGUGAAAAGGUAUUCCAUGUACCAAAAUUGG